AUGGCAGCGCUGAGAACCUGCUGCCUGGCCAGGGCUGCCCUGAUCACCCUGCUGCUCCCCGGAAGCUUGGAGGCAUGCGGGCGCAUCAGCCUCUCCGAGUCCACCGUGCGCCUGGGGGCUCCCAUCACUGCCUCUUGCACCAUCAGCCAGAACUGCAGCCAGCUGUACCCGGACCCACAGAUUAGGUGGAAACUGGGAACAGAGACGCAACCAGGAGGCAGGCAGUGGCGGCGGCCUGAUGGGACCCAGGAAUCGAUCAUCACGCUGCCCCACCUCAACCACACUCAGACCUUCCUCUCCUGCUGUCUACAAUGGGGCAGCAGCCUGCAGAUCCUGGAUCAGGCUGAGCUGCGAGCAGGCUAUCCCCCCGCCGUACCGCACAACCUGUCCUGCCUCUUGGACCUCACGACCAGCAGCCUCACCUGCCAGUGGGAGCCGGGGCCCGAGACCCACCUGCCCACCAACUUCACCCUGAAGAGCUUCAAGAGCCGGGGCAGCUGUCAAACCCAAGAGGACGCCAUCGUGGACUGUGUGCCAGAGGACACGCACAGCUACUGCUCCAUCCCGCGCAAACACCUGCCGCUCUACCAGAGCAUGGGCAUCUGGGUGCAGGCAGAGAACGCGCUGGGGACCAGUGUGUCUCCGCAGCUGUGCCUCGAUCCCAUGGACGUAGUGAAGCUGGAGCCCCCUACGCUGUGGGCCCUGGACUCCAGCCCCAAGGGGACCCCACCCCAGCCAGGCUGCCUGCAGUUGCACUGGGAGCCAUGGAAGCCAAGCCAUUUUAUCGACCAGAAGUGUGAGCUACGCCACCAGCCACAGCUUGGAGAAGCCAACUGGACACUGGUGGCCCCCCUGCCCUCCAUGACCGUCCAGUAUGAACUCUGCGGGCUCCUCCCAGCCACCGUCUACGUCCUGCAGAUGCGCUGCACCCGCUGGCCCCUACCCGGCCACUGGAGUGCAUGGAGCCCCAGCCUGGAGCGGAGAACCACCGAACGGGUCCCCGUGGUCAGACUGGAUGCAUGGUUGCGGCAGAGGCAGCUGGACCCUGGGACCCCGGAGGCGCAGCUGUUCUGGAAGCCAACACCCCAGGAGGAAGACAGCGGGCAAAUCCAAGGGUACCUGGUCUCCUGGAGACCCUCAGGCCAGGCUGGGGCAGCCCUGCCCCUCUGCAACACCACGGAGUUGGGCUGCACCUUCCACUUGCCUCCAGGAGCCGGGGAGGUGGCCCUGGUGGCCUACAACACCGCUGGGACCUCCCAGCCCGCCCCAGUGAUCUUCUCGGAGCACAGAGGUCCACCCCUGGUCGGACUCCAUGCUGUGGGCCAAGACCCUCACAGCCUCUGGGUGGGCUGGGAGCCCCCCAGUCCUCAGCCUCAGGGCUAUGUGAUUGAGUGGGGCCCCGGUGCCCCCAGCCCCAGCAGCAGCAAGACCUGGAGGGUGGAGCAGGAUGGGAACCUCACAGGGACUCUGCUUCGAGAGAACAUCAGGCCCUUCCAAGUCUACGAGAUCGCCGUGACUCCGCUGUACCAGGCAGCCAUGGGACCCUCCCGGCACAUCUAUGCCUACUCCCAGGAGACAGCCCCCUCUCAUGCCCCAGAGCUGCAACUCAAGCACAUUGGCAGGACCUGGGCACAACUGGAGUGGGUGCCUGAGCCCCCUGCUGGGAAGAGCCCCCUGACCCAUUACACCAUCUUCUGGACCAACACUCAGGACCAGUUCUUCUCCACCACCCUGAAUGCCUCCUCCCGCGGCUUUGUCCUCCAUGGCCUGGAGCCAGCCAGUGUGUAUCACGUCCACCUCAUGGCUGCCAGCCAGGCCGGGGCCACCAACAGUACGAGUCUCACCCUGAUGACCUUCGCCCUAGGGGAGUCGGUGCUGCACAUCCUCCUGGGCCUGUCCGGCAGCCUCUUCUUGCUCUUCUGCCUCUGUGGGACCACCUGGCUCUGUUGCAGUCCCAGGAAGAAUCCGCUCUGGCCAAAUGUGCCAGACCCAGCCCACAGCAGCCUGGGCUCCUGGGUGCCCACCAUCAUGGCAGAGGAGGCCUUCCAGCUGCCCAGCCUUCGAGACCCCGACAUGCCAUCCAUCACCAAGAUCACGGUGCUGGAGGAGGAAGAGAAGAAGCCAGGGCACUGGGAGUCCAGUGACAGCUCAGAGAGCUGUGGCCUCCCCACCUUGGUCCAGGCCUACGUACUCCAGGGGGACCCAAGAGCAGCUUCCACCCAGCCCCAGCCCCCGUCUCCCACCAGUGACCAGGUCUUUUAUGGGCAGGUGCUGGGCAGCCCCACAAGCCCAUGGCCAAGGCACUACCUGCGCUGUGACUCCACGCAGCCCCUCUUGGGGGGCCUCACCCCCAGCCCCAAGUCCUAUGAGAACCUCUGGUUCCAGGCCAGCCCUCUGGGGACCCCUAUGGCCCGACCCCCAAGCCAGGAGGAUGACUGUAUCUUCGGGCCACUGCUGGACUUCCCCCUCCUGCAGGGACUCCGUGUUCAUGGCAUGGAGGGCCCGGGGGCCUUCUAG